UCACAAAAAUUAAGAAGUGGCGACGACGACAUUAUCGACCCCUCCAAGAGGAGACUUCUUCACUCAUUGUUACUCUCUCUCUCUCUCUCUCUCUCUCUCUCUAUGUGAAACUCAACUAGCAAUCACAAAUCUUCGAACAACAAAUCUGAAAUUCCAAAGCUUCCAAUUUUCUAGCUAAUCUUUCUGAUCUUUCUUCAUCACCACCAUCAACAACAGUGAAGAAGGAUUUGGAAGAUCACCCCUGACUUACCCAACCGUGUUCGAUGUCUAUGCUAUACAGAUUAACAGCCAUGGUUCUCAGUUAGAAUGUACUUUCUUAACAGCAAGGCUGCUUUCAAUAACAUGGGGUAUGCUAUGAGUAUAUUGGAGCUAGACUCCGACCUAUUGUGCGAUAGUGGUAAGUCCACUUCUGAAGUUGGUGGCAGCCAUAGGAUGCCCAACAAGUCAUUGAAUCAUCUUGACCAUGAAGUUGCUCAAGCAACAAAGCUCAGGUCAGCACCCAAUGAACAUCUGACCCGCAUCCUACCGCGUAAGCGGGAGUUCCCUGUUUCAACAGUCAAGAUGUUGGCAGGCCGGGAAGGUAAUUAUUCAGGAAGAGGAAGGUUCUCGGCAGCAGAUUGUUGUCAUUUUUCGAGUAGAUAUUUGCCAGUUAAUGAUCCUCAGCUUGUGGACCAGAUGACUAGCCGGGCUUAUGUCUCCCAGUUUUCAGCUGAUGGUUCCCUCUUUGUUGCAGGGUUUCAAGGAAGCAACAUUAGAAUAUAUAACGUGGAUAAAGGGUGGAAAGUUCAAAAAAACAUUCUUGCCAAAAGUUUGCGAUGGACAAUUACUGAUACAUCCCUUUCCCCAGAUCAACGCUAUUUGGUUUAUGCCAGCAUGUCACCUAUUGUCCAUAUUGUUAAUGUUGGAUCCGCAGCAACAGAAUCUCAUGCAAACAUCACGGAGAUUCAUGAUGGUUUGGAUUUUUCUGAUGACGAUGGAGGAUACUCUUUUGGAAUAUUUUCUGUGAAAUUUUCGACUGAUGGGCGAGAGCUUGUUGCUGGUAGCAGUGAUGACUUAAUAUAUGUUUAUGACCUUGAAUCAAAUAAGCUUUCCCUUCAAAUUUUGGCACACACGUCUGAUGUAAAUACUGUAUGUUUUGCUGAUGAAAGCAGCCAUCUUAUUUAUUCUGGGAGUGACGAUAAUCUCUGUAAGGUUUGGGACAGACGUUGCUUUAAAGCAAAGGGAAAGCCAGCAGGGGUCCUGGUGGGACACGUAGAAGGGAUUACAUUUCUUGACAGCCGUGGAGAUGGUCGUUAUUUCAUUUCCAACGGUAAAGAUCAGACCAUCAAACUUUGGGAUAUCCGGAAAAUGUCUGCCAAUGCUACUGGCAAACCUGGAUUUGGGCAUUAUGAAUGGGAUUACCGACGGAUGGACUACCCAUCUCAGGCAAGAGGUUUAAAGCACCCAAAUGAUCAAUCAUUGGCCACAUAUAAAGGUCAUUCAGUAUUGCGCACUCUCAUUCGCUGUUACUUUUCGCCCACAUAUAGCACUGGUCAGAAGUACAUCUACACUGGAUCUCAUGAUUCUUGCAUAUACAUCUAUGAUGUGGUGAGUGGAGCUCAAGUGGCAAGACUCAAGCACCAUGAAUCAACAGUGAGAGAUUGUAGUUGGCACCCUCAAUACCCAAUGCUUGUUAGCUCUUCUUGGGAUGGAGAUAUUGUAAAAUGUGAAUUUUCCGGGAGUGCAGAAACACCAACCCCUUUGAACAAGAAGGCAAAGAAGAAAAUCAGCAUGAGACAUUUUUAUUGAAGGCUGCUCACGAGGCCCAUAGACAAAGAGAGAAGAAGAUGAAGAGAAAGAGAGAGAAAGAGAAGAGAGGGGAAGAGGGAAUGUAGAGAGAGAGGGGGUUGAUCGCUGAUCGUCGCCGCCUCUGCCUCCGAUCGUCGCAGCCCAGCUCCUCCCGCUUCCGCCUCUGCCUCCGAUCGCCGCAGCCCAACACGAUUUUUUUGAUUAUUAUUUUUUAUUUUAAUUUUAAUUUUUUUAUUUUUUCUGGAUCUAAAAUGAAGGGAAAAAAAAUAAAAAUAAAACUGUUGGCUGGUGUUGAGGAUGAUGA